AUGGACACUCUGAUCGGCCGUUGGAAUGGAAUGGCAUUGGAUCUGAAGCGAUAUUACGAGUACCAGAUUGAGAAGCGUCACCCUUUACGCCCGGACAGGUACAACAGUCGGAUAACUUCAAGUACAAGUGGCCCGAUGACGAAGCGCAUCGUGUACAUGGAGCUCGAGUGGUUGCCGCAUGGCGAUCUCUACGCACUAAUACACCAUUAUUACCGGCACGAAAUAAUGGUGCCAGAACCUUUUAUAUGGUACGUCUUCCUCGCCAUGGCCAAGGUCGCCGUCAUCUGCCUCAACGGGCAGCUGUCGGACGAAAAGGAUCUGGAGUGGGAACGCAUCUGCCACGUCGACAUCAAGCCGGACAACAUCUUCCUGGGGGCGCCCAACCCGAACGAGCCAAUGGAGUGGGCGCGCAUCUACCCAGUGGCCCAAGGUUGCGGACUGGGAUAUGGCGUACCACACGACAGCGCUGUAUCAGGGCGAUCUGAACGACCCGCUCGAGUGGCCACGGAACCCGUAGGACUUGCACGGUAA